AAAGAAAACCCCGCAGAAAGCAAUUCGAGUGCUAUUUAUCAUGUUGUUUGCCAUUUAUCACACAAGUGAAAUAUUAUUUGUCAAAUUUUCGCCCACGUAUUUCCAGUAUACGCCCUUAAAAAUGAGCGCCGAGAGUGCGGUCGAGUUGUUUGGUAUAGGAUGUGGUGUCUAUACCGUAGGGCUGGUACUCAACAUAAUCUAUUCGUAUAGGUUCCAAAUUGAAACACUAUUAACUGGACAUGGUGCAUUAAUAGUAAUUGGGCAUAUAUUGCUGAUAUUUGCCCGAAACAAUCUAACUCUAGUAUAUAUCGCAAAUUGUGUAUGUGCCAUGGGCAUUUCGUUCAUGUAUGCGGGCAUAUUUGCUAUGGCUGAACAUUAUAUGAAUAUGACCGACACAUUAGCCUCGAUGUUUUUUCUGUUUCGCGGUGUAUUUGUUCUGACCACUUCAUUUGCUGUGGGCCGUCUACAAUCAACACAAUAUAUUGAGUGCGAGUCCAGCUGUAUAGACACUCAUCGAUAUGGUGUACAACUCGGUCGCACUCUCGGCGCUCAGCCUAAGGGGCGAGUACUGGGCGUAAGUGACCAGAAAUCUGCUGAAUGUAAUCUCGAACGUAAUGUAAAUGGCAAAAAACAGGCCAAACAGCACCCUCAUCAGUUUACGCGGUGUCUCCUUCCUAUUAAACAAUUUUUGUUUCAAUUUUUUCACAUCAUUAUCGACCUCAUCGUUUCAAUCUCUCCGACAACGUAUGGCUUCAGCGCUACCGUCGAUAGGACUGCGCCGAUACCAAAGGACAGCUCAAACAUUUGCAUUAUGGGUACUUUACUGCCCCUCCAGAGCUCAAACAUCCAAACCGAUGAAGUGCUCGCGUAUAUUGAGGUGCCAAACCCUAAAACAAACGCACAGAUAUACAGCACCCAUAGGUAUGGCGAUAGGGGUAUGACUGCAGCCGCGACCGUCAAGAAUGCAAAGAAUAUAGCCAUCAGUAACUGUCGGCUCAUUGCCCAGAAUAUAGCCACAUGUUUCAAACGUAGUAAAAAG